UAGGCUUGGUGAUCUGAAGAAACACAUGCGGAUCCACACAGGCGAAAAGCCACACCCGUGUGAUGUAUGCAAUAAACGGUUCAGGCAGAAGAUUCAUCUGAAGCGCCACAUGCGGUCUCACGGUGGUGAAAAAAAAACAGAAGAGCGUGGAGUCCAACAUGCAAUCCAGUCAACUAUUAGAACACAUUGAGACUAACAGUGAUGAUGGAUCCUACAAGUGCAGCGAACAGUUAAGUGGUCAGGCGGAUCUCAAGACACACAAUCGAACUCGCACCGGUGAGAAGCCCUACCAGUGUGUGGAGUGCAGCAAGCAGUUUACCAGUCAGGCUGAUCUCAAGAGACACGCGCGAACUCAUACCGGAGAGAAACCGUACAAAUGUGACGUAUGCAACAGAGGAUUCAGUACACUAAAUAACAUGGAGACACAUAAACGGACUCAUACUGGCGAGAAACCAUAUCGAUGUGAUGUGUGCAGUAUGUCAUUCGGUUAUCAGAAUGCUCUGAAGUUCCACAUGCGGACUCACACAGGGGAGAAACCCUACAAAUGUGAGGAGUGCGGCAAGCAGUUCAGUAGGCGGUUUGUUCUGAAAGAACACAUUAGGAUACACACUGGAGAAAAACCCUACAGAUGUGAGGAGUGUAGCAAGCAAUUUAGCAGGCUCAGUGAGCUGAAGUUGCAUGUGCGCACUCACACAGGGGAGAAACCGUACAAGUGUGAGGAGUGCAGCAAGCAGUUCAGUCAGCUGGGUGAUCUGAAGAAACACGUGCGGACCCACACAGGAGAAAAACCCUUCAAGUGCGAUGAGUGCGGUAAGAAGUUCAGUCAGCGGAACCAUCUGAACAUACACAUUCGGACCCACACUGGCGAGAAACCCUACAGGUGUGAGGAAUGCGGAAAGCAGUUCGUUCAGUUGGGUAGGCUCAAGAUACACAUGCGGACUCACACUAAUGAUAAACCUUACAGGUGUGAGGAGUGCAGCAAGCAGUUCACCCAGCUGAGUCAUCUGUGGGGACACAUGCGCACUCACACCGGUGAGAAACCCUACAAGUGUGAGGAGUGCAGCAAGCAGUUCGGUCAUCUACAUCAUCUGAGGGCACACAAGCGGACUCAUACUGGUGAGAAACCCUUCAGUUGUGAGGAGUGCGGCAAGCGCUUUAGUCAGUUUUGUAAUUUGAAGAGACACAUACAAAGUCACCACGGUGAUGAAGAAAACGCAAUUGAGUGAGUAAUGCAUGGGACUUUCAGGUCACCUGAGAUGACUGACGGCUCACAUGCAAAUAAGAAUGCACAAUGUAUGCUGUGGAAUUAUUUUCGGUCUAUUUUGUGUUUUUAUAUCGUACCUUUCACUUCAAAGAGCUGUCCCUUUAUGGAAAUUGGACGUUAGCCUAUCACGACUGAGAAACCGUUGCAAAAUAUUGAAAUGAAUAAAGAGGUAGCUCGGUGAUGGUUGGACAUUCAAGUAAUAAGAUACGCCCCAAAGCAGUUACUCGAGCAAAAUCAUAAUCCAGUUGCUCGAGUAACUGAUUUUUGGUGAAUUGAAGAUGUAUUUCCAUGAUUAAGUUAGCUAAUUACAUAGUUGAGGUUGACAAGUAAACACAACGCUUACUGGUGUAGUGGACUAGCUGAACUAGGUAACCCUAUAUUUACAGAUAAAACAUACAUGGCAAUGUUUGACAAUAGAGAGAAUGUUUGGGUCUUGCAUGAAGAAGAACCUAUACCAUAAAACGAGAUGGAUAAGUAAGCUAGUUCGUAUGUUACUUGGGUGAUAGAACAGGUCAUUUGAAAACCUCACUGGAAGUCUAAUAUUUUAAAACAAUGCUGGAUAGUCUCUAGAAGCAUUUAAACUCUAUGUGCUUGUAUGUAUGUAUGUAAUACUAUGUAUGUAUGUAUGUGUAUAUAUAAGCAACUUUUACUUUAAUUGUCUGUAGUAAACCUUUCUCAAAAGCAUAUGCAUCAUGCUCUAAUCAUCACAUUUACUUAAUUAAGGCUGAUGGCAUAUUCACUCAUAUCCCUAAUAUCAUGUAACAAGUACCCUUUGGGGCUGUAGCAAAAUGUGCUUGCAGGAUUAAUAUCAGCUUCCAUGUAGAUAGAAAUGGACAUUUUCAUGAAGGUCUGUGGUUGGAACUUACAGAGUCACAAUGUGAAAAGUGUGCAUUGCAAGCUGGACAAUUAUAUUGUUGUUGUAUAAACUAACUUUGGAAUUUGAUGUGGGGGGGGGGGAGGUAUUUAAUCAAUUAAGAAUUUCUUGGUCUAAAUCAUGUCUACAUGUACUUAUCAGUUGAUAUCUUCAACCAGCACAGAAAACAUAUGCAUGUAUUUUGAGAUGGUCACGACAGGUGGGAUUUCUAUGGAAUUUUGUCAUGUCAACAAAUGGAAAUUGUAUAUACAGGAAAAGUACACUACUACAUAUCUUAACUUUGAAAUUUGAGUCAAAUAUGCAUUGCAUCCAGUCGAGGUCGUGAUUUAUUUGAACAACUCUAUAUAGUUUUACACCAUUUUACUUUCCACAUGUAGUCAUGGUUCAAAGCUACUAGACUACACAAGUAUUCUUAGCUACAUUUGCCUGUUUAUGAUUACAUAGAACGAGUGUUGCUAUUGGUAGAUUAGCUGAAGGCUAUCUGUGGGAUUGUUGAAUAAAGACUCAACUUUAACUUGA